AUGCUGCCUCCCAUGGCCUUCCCCAGCUUGUCCUGGAUGCUGUUCUCCUGCCUGGUGCUCCUAUCUCAGGUGCAAGGUGAAGACAACAAGACGGAAGUUUCCUCUCCACGAAGCAGCUGUCCCAAAGGUUCCUAUGCCUUUCGUUCCCACUGCUAUGCCUUGUUUAUGACACCAAAAUCCUGGAAUGAUGCAGAUAUUGCCUGCCAGAAACGACCCUCUGGAUUCCUAGUGUCUGUGCUCAGUGGGGCUGAGGCAUCCUUCCUGGCUUCUCUGGUCAAGAUCAAUUUGAACGCCUACUCAAACAUCUGGAUUGGGAUUCACGACCCCACAAAGGGCUAUGAGCCCAAUGCAGGUGGGUGGGAGUGGAGUAGUGACGAUGUGCUGAAUUACCUUGCUUGGGAGAGAAAUCCCGCCACCGUCUCAAACCCCGGCUACUGUGGGAGCCUGUCACGAAACUCAGGAUAUCUCUCAUGGAAAGAUUAUAACUGCAAUGAGAGGUUACCCUAUAUCUGCAAGUUCAAGUACUAG